AUGUUUCUUUCAAACAAACCUCCCGCGAAACCGCUUCCCCGCUUCCAAACCAACACGCCGCUGGAUUCGACCUUUGACAAGGAUAUCCGCGAUACGCAUCUUAUAUAUGACUACAAUGCCGAAGACGCGAACGGCAAGCCAGAGAAAUGGCGCUACGAAAUGUGGUUCUUCUCGGAUGAUCGCAUCGUCUACGCAAUUCAUGGCGGGCCGAUGGCGGGCCGCGUGAACUACCAGACAGCGACCUAUCAAUGUAUCCGGCCUGGAGAGCUGUGGCAGGUUAACUGGUUGGAAGAGACGGGGACCGUUUGCUCGUUAGUGUACGACAUCCCGAAGCAGAAGAUUUCGACGCUCAUCUCUUUCUCGAGAGGACAUUGGGAGAACCCUCAAGCGGCGCACGGUGACAAGCGCAAUCCAGGCGAUUUUGCGCGUUGGAGAGUACUGGCGAGGUUUGGGAACCAUACUGAUAGGUUCAUGUUGUCUGAGCAGGCGGAUAUUGCUGAGAAUUUCAAAGGAAGAGGGGAUCUUGAACCAAUUACAGAGGAUGCGCAAACGUUUUGA